GUCUUGAAGGCGGUCGGAAAGUCAUACCACGGCUCUCUGCCAAGGACUUUCUGGGAAAGCUUCGUGAGGCAUCGACUGAUGGUGAGGGCCCUGAGGUCGGAAGAAGCAGCAUCCGUAUUGCUGGCUUCGAUAUCAAUGCUCGUGAGGUGCCAGGUAGCGGUUACGAUGGCAAGGACGACCCAAAUCUACCGGAAGAGGAAGAGUCUUACAAAUUACCAGAACCAUCGCCAUAG